AAGUACGAGAUGGCGAUUUUGAUGGGAAAAAUGCUGGGAGUCUCGACGGAUCAUAUUCAUCCGCAGCUGACAGUGACAUCGAACGUAAAGCGACCGUAUAACUGCCAUCUGGAUUGUAGUGAAUUGCGAGCGACUGGAUGUUUUGUGAUGAGAGAUUUCGAGGAGGGAUUGAGAGAAGUGUUUGGAAAUGCUGGAUUGCUGCCAAAGGAUAAUUGA